AUGACGAGCUCUCUAGGCGAAGCAGGAUCUGGCAAGGGACUCUGUGAAAAAGGCGAGGGCGGAAGUAUUGCAGGGCAAGACAAAGAACAGCUGAAAGCAUGGUACGUAGGGGCCAUCGAUCAGGGAACAACCAGUACUCGUUUCAUCAUUUUUGACUGUAUGGGCAAACCGAUCGCUUCCCAUCAGAUCGAGUUCAAGCAGAAUUAUCCACAACCAGGGUGGAUUGACCAUGAUCCAGUUGAAAUCUUUGAGACAGUCAAGACCUGCAUCGAAGAAGCUACUGCCUCCUUCACAAAGCAGGGGUUUUCAAUCUCGGAUAUCAAAGCUAUUGGCCUUACCACGCAACGUGAGACAACUGUGCUCUGGGACAAGGAUACAGGUGAGGUUCUUUGCAACGCCAUAGCAUGGCCGGAUACUCGUACGCAGUCGAUCGUGCGAGAGCUCAAGGAAAGAGCAGGUGCAAAUGAUUUGCAAGGCAUCUGCGGGUUGCCUCUUUCAACAUACCCAUCAUCAUUGAAACUGACUUGGAUGCUUCGAAACGUACCAAACGUUCAAAGAGCGUAUUCUCAAAGGCGGCUUAUGUUUGGAACAAUCGAUACUUGGCUCUUGUACAAUCUCAACGGAAAGGAGAAACAAGUACAUGUUACCGAUGUGACUAACGCGUCGAGGACGAUGUUCGUCAACCUCAAGACUUUGCAGUAUGAUCAAAGCGUCUUAGACUUCUUCGAGAUCGACCGUGAGAAGAUCACUUUACCAAGUAUUGUUCCAUCCUCAGAUCGCCAUACAUUUGGCAAAGUUGCUUUUGGUCCACUGAAAGGUGUCGCUAUCACUGGCUGUUUGGGAGACCAAUCUGCUGCUCUGGUGGGACAGCUCGGCUUCUCCCCAGGCCAAGCCAAGAAUACUUAUGGCACCGGCUGUUUCCUCUUAUAUAAUGUAGGUGAGGAGCCUGUCUUCUCGCAACAUGGCCUUCUUGCCACAGUGGCUUAUCAAUUUGGAACGAAUGGUAAGCCCAUAUAUGCGCUCGAAGGUUCUAUCGCCGUCGGCGGCAGUGCUGUCAAGUUCCUGCAGAACAAUCUUGGUUUCAUUGACUCCUCCCAUGACAUCAGCGAUCUUGCUGCGUCGGUCGAUGACAAUGGUGGCUGUGUCUUUGUCACUGCUUUCAGUGGUUUAUUUGCUCCGUACUGGAUUGAUGAUGCACAAGGAACGAUCUUCGGCUUGACGCAGCACACUGAAAAGGGCCACAUUGCUCGAGCGACUCUGGAAGCAACGUGUUAUCAGACCAAAGCGAUCCUUGAUGCAAUGGAAAAGGACAGCGGACGCAAACUCACAGUCCUCGCUGUUGACGGUGGCAUGAGUAAUUCAAAUUUGUGCAUGCAGACGCAAGCCAAUGUUAUUGGGAUCCCUGUUGAUAGGCCCAGUGUGCGGGAGACUACUUCUCUUGGAGCAGCCAUUGCGGCCGGCUUUGCUGUAGAUAUCUGGAAGGAGUUCGCGGAACUUAAGGAGAUCAAUCGAGAAGAUCGUACCACAUUCGCCCCACAAGUCCCGAAGACCCAACAACAGAAAAUGUACCGGAGGUGGGAGCGGGCAGUCCAAAUGUCAAAGGGCUGGCUUGCCGACAACAAGGCCUCCUGA